CUUCAGGCGUGUCUGAUCGUGAUCGUGAGUGCAAAAAAAGAAAAGAAACAACAACGAACAGAAAACCAGUGUGAUCCUCGCGCGCAGUAGGCGGAUUUCCAUUUAGAUCAAUGUCAACGAUGCGCGGACCUUUGAAAGUGUGUACGAUCGCCGUGUCCCUGCUGGCGGUGGGACUUUGUACAGCGGCACCACAGUCCGGGCAACCGGUGGCCGAGUACCCGAACGGUGCGUUCAACGAUCGCGUCCCCAACAACGAGAACAAUCAGCAGUUUAAGGAGUAUGCCGAGUUUCUGACACGCUUUGACGAUUGGGUCACUGGAAAGAAGGUCCCAAUCCCGGCCGACCCGGUGACCGAUGCGCUGCAUCAGGAUCUGCCCCCUAAUGUGCCGAACUUUGCGCAACUGCGCCCGGUUCGCCAACUGUCGUUGGCCCAGUUUGAUGACCCCGUGCCCCAGGGCAGUGAAGCGAUCCCGGAGUAUAACGAGUACAUUCGUGUGCUGACACGAUUCGACCCCUACGUUACCGGCCAGCGGGACGGGCAUGCGGUGUUCAAGCGCGAGGACAACCCGGACGGAACGCUAAUCAGCAGCGAGAAGACAUUCGGUGAGCAGAUCGAGGAUAAGGUACCGGAAACGACAUCGACCAGCUCCGAUCCAGCGUACGGUGACUUUAUCAAGGAGCUGAAGCGCUUCGAUCCCUGGCUGGUCGGGCAUAAUGUGACGAUCCCGCACAAUGCGACGGCCGAUCAGGUCUGGAACAGUGGUGAAGGCAAGGCGAAUUAAAGGCGAUCAGUAUUAUAGCUCUGCGAUCGAGAGCAUCCCGAGCGUUUGUAUAUAAGCAUGUUAUCCUUGAAUCUAUCAUCCACUGCCAGAAAGGAUUGCAUGAACUUUAUAAUAAAGUAAAUAAUUUGGAUUUUGGAAUAA